GCUCUACUACCUUGGGGGGGGGAAGGGGGGGAUAUGGCGUCAUUCGAGUGAUUUUGAUUUAAUCGUGGUGGCAUUUGCUAAAUCAGUAGCUGGCACAUCGCGAGCUGAACGGGCACGACCAGAACGACGUGUAUAUCCGCAGUAAUGUCCACUACGUCCGAAUCCAGCAGAGUGGGCCUGGGCAAUGCGGCCAGCAUGGCGAAUCUGGCCAAGAUCGUCAAUCUUAUCGAAUCGAAUGUGAAGAGCGAGGAAGCGGAAGUGCUUGAAGAAGCGGUCAGGGGUUCAACCGGAACCGGAAGUGGUAGUAGCAGCAGCGUUCGCUUGGCCAGCAGCAGUGCGCCGCGUAGAAGUGCCUGUGCCACAUCGUAUGUGCCCAAGUCACCGCAGCUGGAGGAGAUUGUGUUCGCUGAGCCCACGUGCACCGAGCGAUUUGCUCGGUACUUUGUGAUCGUGAUCUAUCUGUGCGGUCUCUGCUGUCUGGGCUUCUUCCUGUCCAUCUACCACAUCUUCUUCUGGGACUCACGCAUGCCACCCGUUUACAAGGGCCAGAAGAAGGGACCUGCUUUCGGCUAGAACAGCCUGGCUAUCCAUCCCUUCCAGGCUAUUCAUCCAUCACCGCCAUCAAUAGCACCAAACUCAGAGAAACGUUCUUUCAUUUUUGGUAAGGAUCCAAUAAGGAUUAAUUUGCAUUCAUAAUUUGCAUUGCAGUCACAUUCUGGCAUAUGUGGCGUAUGAGUUAUAUUUGAGGUUCCCGCUUUUGUUACUCAUACGCAAUGUUGUCCCAGGCUUUUAACUUUUAAAUUUGAUUUGAAUGGCAAACUUUGUUAGUCUAAUUAAUUCAAAACCAAUAUCUUUCCUGCACACACAUUUACUCGAGCCAUGCCAUUAGUUCUUAUUAAGUGGAUAGGCCCUUCCCUUCCCUUCCCUUCUCGCCCAUCGUUUUUUGGCCCAGAAACUUUGCGCCCAGCAAAAGUUUAAGUUUAAUUAUGUG